GUGGAAAGUGAAUUAUGGAUUUUCACAGCAAAAUGUGUAGGUAGCUUUUUGAAGAUUUGGAUUUCCGUUCCAAUCUUUCCUGUUCUUUUGAAGAAAAGGGAACAUUGUUAAAUUUUUUGCAAAAUGUUUCUGAAAUUCAUCCAGUAUUUUCAAAUACAACUCAAAUGUAUUUGCAGAAGCCAUACAGAAUGCAAGAAAAAUAAUUUUAUAGGAGCGAUUCAAUUAAAAUAUGUAGACAAGGUAAAUGCAAACAGAAGAACUUAUAAAAAUGAGCGAAAGAUGCAUCACUCUGGAAGCAUUUUUAGUAUUCCACAUGGUGUCUGGUUUUUUUUUUAUCUGCUUAAAACAUGUUCAUAACUAGGGUGCAAUUUAUCACUUGAGAAAAAGUUGACAAGAGAUGUUAUUUGGAGAUUUAAAUCCAUAAUUGUGAAAUUUAAAGCAGUUAUUUAGAUUAAGUGACAAUCUCAUAGGAUUUCAUUUGAAAUAUUACUGAUUGCGACAUUGAGAGCUACAAUUACAACAAAAUCUUUCAACAAAUGCUAACUUUGAUACAGAAUUAUGAUCUUGACGGUCAAUGUUGUGUUUUAAUUUCAUCCUGAUGACAUUUAAACUCAAAUUAGUGAGUUUUGAGCUCAGAAUCAGAAUCACUGUAUGCCUUUGAAUCUAAUAUUUAUGAUGUUGGAUUCCAUGAAUAUUAAUUUGCCCGUAAAUAUAACGUUUUACAACCAAAAUUUACUUUCAAACUCGUGUUUAACAACAUUGUGAUUGAAAGUCAAAAUUACUGUUUUUCAUAGUCCUGACUUAAUAUCAUAUUUUUCUAGUUAAAAUGACUAACAAAGAGGGUCUAAUUUACCUGAAAGAGAAUUCGUCUAAUAAUAACGAAGGGUCGCACUGUUUUGAUGCUCGUCUAUUUAUAUAUCUGUAGGCGAUUGUUUUAUGGACAGAAAGCAAGUUUUUGCAGUAGAGUGAGUAAUCUCGCGAGUAUGCACAAUCUUUACCAACAGCCAUUUCGCAAUACGUUUCCCGUGGAGCACCGCCGCUGUCAAAACACUUCGCCAUUUCAGGGUUAGGAGGGGGAACUAGGUCAGCCGAGCGGAGGUGGCAGUUUCUUGUUUUCUGUCGUCGGUGUGCUCGGUAAUUGGGUUCCGAUGCGAGUUAUCUGGCUGUUGCGGAUGCGUUUUUUCUUCGUGGGCCCGGGUUGAAGAGUGAAGUCAGCUUUCGGAUUUUCCUUCGUCCAGCUACUGAGCUAGCUGUGCGUGUAAACAACAAGGAUGAAACGGAUCAAAGGAGGAGAGGAGGCAAGCAGUGGGGAAAGUCCGCCAGAGGCCUGCAAAAAGCUCCGUAGGGAGGUGAGCGAGGAGUCGGAGGCCAAGGCAGCCGGUGAGUCUCCGCUGUGUGACUGGUCGCUGCUGCCUCAGGAGAUCCUGCUGCACAUCUUCCAGUACCUUCCGCUGCUGGACCGGGCCUACGCCUCGCAGGUGUGCCGCGUUUGGAACGAAGCCUUCCACAUGCCCGAGCUGUGGAGGUGCUUCGAGUUCGAGCUCAAUCAGCCAGCAAGCUCGUACCUGAAAGCCACGCACCCGGACCUCAUCAAGCAGAUCAUCAAGAGGCACUCCAACCACCUCCAGUACGUCAGCUUCAAGGUGGACAGUAGCACAGAGUCUGCAGAGGCAGCAUGUGACAUUCUGUCACAGCUGGUGAAUUGCUCCCUGAAGACCUUGGGGCUCAUCUCUACAGCCAGGCCCAGUUUCAUGGAGGUUCCCAAGUCUCACUUCAUCUCGGCGCUGACGGUGGUGUUCGUCAACUCCAAGUCGCUGUCCUCGCUGAAGAUCGACGACACGCCGGUGGACGAUCCAUCGUUGAAGGUGUUGGUGGCCAACAACAGCGACACCCUAAAGCUGCUGAAGAUGAGCAGCUGCCCUCAUGUGUCCCCUGCAGGGAUCCUGUGCGUGGCGGACCAGUGUCACGGGCUGAGAGAGCUGGCGCUCAACUACCACCUCCUCAGCGACGAACUCCUGCUGGCGCUCUCUUCGGAGAAACACGUCCAUCUGGAGCACCUGCGCAUCGACGUGGUGAGCGAGAACCCGGGCCAGCACUUCCACACCAUCAAGAAGAGCAGCUGGGACGCCAUGGUGCGCCACUCGCCCAAAUUCAACCUGGUCAUGUACUUCUUCCUCUACGAGGACGAGUUCGGCCCCUUCUUCAACGACGAGAUCCCCAUCACGCACCUCUACUUCGGCCGCUCCGUCAGCAAGGAGGUCCUGGGCCGCGUGGGCCUCCACUGCCCCCGCCUGGUGGAGCUGGUCGUGUGCGCCAACGGGCUGCGGCCGCUCGACGAGGAGCUGAUCCGCAUCGCCAAGCACUGCACGCAGCUGUCCGCCAUCGGCCUGGGGGAGUGCGAGGUGUCCUGCAGCGCGUUCGUGGAGUUUGUGAAAAUGUGCGGCAGGAGGCUGUCCCAGCUGUCCAUCAUGGAGGAGGUGCUGAUCCCGGAUCACAAAUACUCCCUGGACGAGAUUCACUGGGAGGUGUCCAAACAUCUGGGCCGAGUCUGGUUCCCGGACAUGAUGCCGACUUGGUAGGGGGCUGUUUUGAGAUGAAAAGCCGCUCCGCUGUGGUGAACUGCUAGGUGCCAACUUGACGAGCAAAACUUCUCUGAGCGUCUGGAGUUUAAAAAAACAAAACGGGGAUGUCAUGUGAGUCUGCCUGAGAGCCUGAAGUCGACUCUGGAGUGAAACUCAGAGUGGCCGGAAGAGCAACGACAACACGCCGAGUUAAAUGGACUAGGGCUGAAACGAUUAAUCGUGAUUAAUCGAUUAUUGAAAUAAUUGUCCACUGAUAUAGUGAUCGAUUAACCGGAGUGCACAGGUUCUAAAAAAAAGACCAACGUAUUCAGAAUGGUUAAUUAAGCCAAAUAUGUACAAAAAAUAUAUAUAUACAUUUUGCAUUUAAAAUAAAAACACCUUCUUCUGUAGAUUUGCUCUAGCCAAAACUCCUCAAGUGUUUUAAUUUAAUCAAGUGUUUUAUCUUCACCCGGUUCAGAUUUACAAAAGAAAUUCUACGGUAUUGUAUUUUAGGCAAAAUAUUUAUUUUCUUAAUUAAAAAUGAAUUUAAUUAUUUGUCUGUUUGCGUCUUGUAAUAUAUUUCUAAUAUUGUAUAAAAAAAAGGCUUUAGGGGUGAAAGGAUAAAUCUGCAGAAUGUGCGUAUUUUUUAUCCAAUUAAUCGUCAGAAUAAUUGAUUAGUCGAUUAGUAAAAUAGUCGUUAGCUGCAGCCCUGAUGUGGACAUUUUUCCUCUUUGUGCAUCAGGAAAGAUGUCAGUCCGUGUGCGUCUGCAAGAACAGGCUCAGGUGUGUUUUCACACGUCAAACGUUUUGCAGAAAAUCCGGUUAGUUGCGUCGUUGCAUGUCGUUACACUACCACUCGGCCUACAUACUGCGCUCUUUUUAGACGCCCGGCGCUCUGAAAACAAAACAGCUCUUGAGGUUUGUGAAUUAGUGGAAAUGCAAAGAAAGCAACAGAUGGGGAUUUUUGUUCUUUCAGACGAUUCCGAAGGAGUUUUUGACGCUUCUAACAGAAGCAGCGGGAGCUUUUUUUUUUUUCUUUUCUUUCUUUUUGCACUUCAUGAAUCUCAAAACGUCUCGUUGCAGAUGUCCGGCAAUGGCAGAGAGCAACGUGUAAAUACGGUAGAUAUUUGUGAUGUGAAGGUGUACAGUGUUCAGUAACGUACCUGAAUUGUAUUUCUUUUUGUGCAUCACGCACCUUCUGUAUAUUAGAGACACUAAUGUUUUUUCUUUUUGUACAGUGAGAGAAUUUUUUCAACGCACCUUACAUGGAAACCAAAUGACAGCUGGGCCGAACCGAGUCUUCACGGGCAAAUAAUGCAUUUUUGUAUUGAACCGAAGCUCUGAUCAAUCAGCACCCAGAUACAGUAAACUAAAAUAAUAAGGCCAUAAUGAAAGAAGAGAAGCAAUCAAUUUACAGUGCCUUGCGGAAAAAAGCGUGCAGCCCUCGAGCAACACAAAGUAACGUUUGAAUUCACAGGUUAAAGAAACGAGCGUCUUUCCUUUAAUACUCAGAAAUCUGAACAGAAAUGUGUUGCAUUUAUAUUCCAUCUCCCUGAGUUGAUAUUUAAAAACCUGCAACUGCAUCUGUUUAGUAGUCAUGUGACUUGUAAAGGUUAUUGGUUUGAUUUAGGGGCAUUGGAGGAACAGUAGAAGCAGACGCCACAUUAAUCAGAGUUUUAUUUGUAAAAGAUGAUGCUUACAGUCGGACAGUGUGGAAAAAGCCGAGGUCGUAUGAAUGCUUCUACAAGCAUUCAUGCAAGUAUUCUAGUCAUUUACAAGUAUUGUGUAAAUCCUGAUAGCGUCCAGAAGUGUCGGUGCACUUCAGUGUGCCUUCACUCUUUCUGCUCAGUUUGCUUUGGAAUCAGCAAUAUAAUAGUCUGCAGCUGUUGGGGAUAAAUGCACAUUGGGAACACAGAGCUCAACCCUUUUUUUUUUUUUUUUUUUUGUGUCUCGGGUUUCAGUUUUUAUCUUCUGCAAUUUGCCUGGUGAAGCUCUAUAUCCUGUCAGUUUCGCAUACCAGCCACCCUCUUGUUUUCUUUAAUAGCAUUUAAUCUUUAAUAGCAUCAAACAGGAGCAGCAGAGUUGUUCUUUUCAAAUAAGACUGCUGCUGUCUCCCGCGUUCAUCCUUUACAGUCGGAAGAGAUGUGGCAAGUGAGAUGAGUGAAACGUAUUUAAAAUAUUUUUUUUUUUUCCUUUAAGAAGGAAGUCCAAUUCACUUGUAUAUAAAACGCUGUGUGUUUGAUUAUUUUGAAUAGAAAUGUACCUAUUUCUUUAUUUCACCCUGUCGGGUUCGACGUUUGCUCAACCAGCAGCUCUUUGUCUUUGGUAAUACCAGAGUCCGAAUUAAGCUGAAGUAGUUUACUUUUUUUGUUUUCUCUCUUUCAGAUAGACCCUCGAGAAGUUACGCUUUGUUGUUAAUUAUUACGCAGAACUUAAUUUGUGAGUUAGUAUUUAAUGUAGAUCAGCAACAAGAUCAUUGUUUAUGUUUUAUACUUCUGGUUGUUGUCACCGUGGUAUCGUUGCAGACAGGUGGUCCUCAAGUUCACUAUGGCGGUUUUUACAAUACUUAAGUCCUUAAAAAAAUGCAAGGAAUUGAGUGGUGGUGUCUCUCUUCUGAUGUGGUCGCUAGAUCUUGUUAAUGUGUUGGGUUUUUUUGGGGGUUUUUUUUUAAACAAAACGGAAAAAUGGAAGUCCACUAUUUUGCCAGAAGUAUUUAUUUACUCCUCCAAACUCAGAACCAGUUUAUUUGCACCAGAUUCAUAAAGAUGAGAGAUUUUUGGUGUGGAAUAGAUAAAAUCCUGAUUUCAGCCUGAGUGGACACCUCAGUGAAAAUUGUUAGUCAAAUUUACACGUCCAACAUCAGUGUCUGACCUCACAAAUGUGCUUCUGGAAGAAUGUUAGUGGCUCUUGAAGAUUUUUCUUUUUCUAGACCUGGAAAGCGUUUUUAGAAGAGUUGAAGCUGUUAGUUUCAAAAGUUGCCUUUCAUCAUAUCAAACCCUAAGAAUUUGAUCUUGAGUGAGUGAGGGUCCACAAAUUAAUACUUUUGGCAAUAUGUAGACUACAAAAGGAGACAUUUAAAGUCAUCAUUAGACUCUUUUAGUAUCAAGUCUCACUGAAGUAGGUAGCUGUACCGUCUGUGUUCAUGUCAUCGAUAUGGCAACAUAUCACCUGAUUAUUUUUGGAUUUAGUGCUGUGAUUUUACUUCAGUUAAAGAAACCAGCGCAUUCGAUUUUUACUGUCGCCCUCUUCUGAAUAUUCAGCUGAACGAGUGACUCUUUGAGGGAAAAUUAUUUAUCUUGCAUUCUUAAGUACCCACCGUCAGAAAAUGUUUUGAUCUAUGUUUUGAAAUGUUUUAGGAAAACUUAACUGUUUAAUGCUGCUUUUUUAUUAUUAUUUUUAUUAUUUUUGCUUCUGUACAGCAAGUGAUUAUGGAAAACAAAAAUACUUUGUCUCCUUUGCUUCACUGGUCACUCGUCUUUAAUUUAAAGGUAUUGUUUGGGACUUGUGAUCUUCUCCAGAAAUAAACUAUUUUGAAUGUA